CUCUCUUCCUUUCUGUCUCUCACUCUCUUUCUCAUGCAAUCAUGAGCUAGCUAAUUGAGCUCAAAGACUGGAUGAGAGAGACAGAAGAAAAGGUGGACUUUUUACUCCGGUGUGGAUAACAUUAUUCCAAACAGGAGGUGCAGUGGAGCGGUCCUUUGAAACACUGCAGUCCUCCCGAGACAAAGUACUCAUGGACAGUGUUCAUUCUGAAGAUAUCCUCAGCAAAUAAGCUGGAACCAUUCUAUUUUCUCAUCCGUGUUUGUCGACUACUUCUCAGUAUGGGCUCUGGCCACAGCAGCGACAAGCUUCACUGCAAUCGCUAUCUGAGUGGACAGGGUCCUCCGUCACUAGUACAACAAGGUCUUUCACAAACACACACAGCUAAUUCUACUCAAGAGGUGAAUGGGAAGUUUAACACUCUUCAUGGCUGCCAACCAGAAGGCCAGAUGACCUGGGUGAUCCUCCACAAAGACCUGCCAGGAUUUCCUGAUGACAACACCCUGCAGAUCAACUACAUAUUCCCAGAUGGAAUACAGACAGACAAACACCCUCACCCUGGCCAGCCUUUUGCAGGGCUGCGGCUCUGUGCUUACCUGCCUGACAAUCGUGAGGGCAGAAGAGUUCUCAAGCUACUGGACAAGGCCUUCAACCAGAAGCUCCUUUUUACUGUUGCCACCAACAACGAUGGAGAGGAUGUGGUGACCACAGCUUCCAUUCCACUAAAAACACAAAUAGAAGGAGCAGGCAGAGUGAAGCUGGAGAUCAACUGACAGGUGGAGGCUGGCACCCACAGCUGGUGUUGGGUACCCAGACUCUGAGUACCUGAAGACUGUGAGAAAACUACUGAGGGAUGAAGGCAUUGAAUAACACGAUACAUGCAGCUGGAUGGACAGAUGAAGGCAGACUUCAAACUACAGUCUAUCUAUGAAUGGACAGCAAGCUGGUGCUGUAAAUACUGAAUGUCUUAUCAAAACUUUUUUAUAUCAAACUGUCAAUCAAUGCCAGUGUGUAAUCUUUUGUGUAAUCUGCAUAUUAUUUCAUUACUGUAGUUCUGACAAAUAUAUAAUGUAUUUACUCCUACUUUUUGAUGUUUUAUCAUUUACAUAUGCCAUGACAUUUUCUAAUGUGUAACCAGCAUUUUAUUGUGAAAUAUUGCAAAUAUAUGCAAAGAUAAAGGUUGCAGGGAGGAGGUGUGGGUUUGGGGGUCACACUGGGACACAUUAAAGAUUUGUCUUUUUAUCUUCUGUGCAUUUACAGAUAAAGACAUAGGAGACAAAAAGACAGAAGCAUGAAUAAGGUAGUCUAGAGCUGUGUAGAUGUUUGUUACUGUGCUAACUUGUAUUGACUGACAUAGCUAUGUAAUAGAGCUGUUUAAAUUAUUUUGUUAAACAUGGUAGUAGUACAAAAGGAGAUGCCUUUCAGCCCUUCUGUUCGACUCCCAUGUAAUCUCUGGAUCUCCUCCAUGUCCAAGCCUGUGUUCUUCUGUGUGCUGCUUGUGUUAACUAGGUUUGCAUUUUGGAUAUUUGUUUUUUUUUUUCUGUUUUGUGUUUUUCAGUAGUUUGCCUGUUUUAAGAUUUAUAUGGACUUUAAGUAUAGAGUUUUUCUGAACACUCAACCGCUUUCUGUUAUCUCCUGCCUUUGUAACCCUGAGUGUUACUUUGAUUAAAGUUUAUUUGUCACGGUCA